AUGCGUCCUUUCGCCGUCGUCGCCCUCUCCGCCGGUGCUCUCUUCAGCCUGGUGCAAUUCUGCCCCGCGCCCUUCUCAUUCUUGGGCGCUCUCGGGGUCCUCUCGACCGAAGGAGCUGCUGAAGGUGCUCUUGCCGCUGCCGACGGCGGCCUCGCCUCCAUGGCCGGUGGUGCGAUUGCUGGCGGUAUCGGCGCGGCGGCCUCAAACCAUCACAAACGCCAGAGCAUCCCGAACCUCCCUCCUGGCGUGUCGCAGCAAUCCGUGCAGCAGUGCCAGGACCAGCUCAAGGGCGCCCAUAUCACUUUGACGGGAACGCCUCCUAACACCGUCCAAGCCGACGGCGUCCCUCCAGCUUGCAUGGAUCUGGCCACUGUGCUUACCGGCCACCCUACCCAAUACGGCGGUGCCGUUCCUAUCCCCAUGGGAUCCGCGAGCCUUAAGUACACUGGCUUGACUCAGGAUGAGCUGGCUCAGCUGGGUCAAGUUCUGAAGGCCAAGCAUCUCAUUUCCUAA